AUGGCAACGCUGGGCGGCGCACACGAGCUCCUCAAGAUGGUCGUCCACGCCUGCGCCGGUGGCACCAUCGAGAUCAUGGGCCUCAUGCAGGGCAAGUUCCAGGGCGAAUCCAUCAUCGUCAGGGACGCCUUCGCGCUCCCCGUCGAGGGCACCGAGACCUGGGUCAAUGCCCAGGCCGACGCCUACGAGUACAUGGUCGAGUACUCCACCAUCAACAAGCAGGCUGGAAGGUUGGAAAAUGUAGUUGGCUGGUACCACUCACAUCCUGGUUAUCGAUGCUGGCUGUCAAGCAUUGCUGUUUCAACUCAGAUGCUUAAUCAGCAGUUUCAAGAACCAUUCUUGGCUGUUGUGAUAGACCCUACAAGGACUGGUUUUGCUGGUAAAGUGGACAUUGGAGCUUUUAGGACAUAUCCAAAAGAUUACAAGCCACCGGAUGAGCCUGUGUCUGAGUAUCAGACCAUACCACUCAACAAGAUAGAAUAUUUUGGUGUUCACUUCAAACAGUACUAUUCUUUGGAUAUAACCUAUUUCAAGUCAUCCCUGGACUCUCACCUCCUUGAUCUACUCUGGAACAAGUACUGGGUCAACACAUUGUCUUCGUCACCACUUCUGGGUAACAGGGAUUAUGUUUCUGGACAAAUCUUUGAUUUAGCUGAUAAACUAGAGCAAGCUGAAGGGCAACUGGCACACAGUCGAUUUGGCAUGCUUAUGCCAUCACAACGAAAGAAAGAGUUUGAUACUAUCCUUGAUAUGGAAAAAGAUGAGUUGGCUCCUGAGAUAAAAGAGGAAGAAGAAGGCGAGAUAGAGUAUGUUGAAGGCGAUGAUAUCGAGAUGACUGACAUGGAUGAUAUGGAAGAUUUUGAAGGCUUUGGUGAUGAAGAUGAUAAUGUGAAGGAACUUUACAUUUUCUGA